ACUAAUCCAGACUGACACCCACUGGGCGGAGGCUCGGACGGAGCGUCGCAGCUGAAGUUAGCAGGAAAGAGAAAGUGAAGAGCCAGAAGUGAACUGCAGUCUUCUGUCUUCAGCAGGAUGGACGUUCUGGCGGUUCUGAGGGUUCUACUUGUUGCGGUUCUGCUGCUGGUUUCUGUGGAGCGUUCAGUGAGUGUUCGAUGUUUUGCACGUUUCAACCUCAUCUUCGGUCGGUGUGAUGAGGAGCUCGGUGAGGUGGAUGAAGAUGACUGCUGUCAGAACCCUCACUAUGGUUACCAGACAGCAGACGGCGUGUGUCAGUCCUGUGGUCCUCCAGUGUGGUCUCCCUGGUCGCCAUGGUCACCGUGUAACGUCCUGUGUGGAGAAGGAGUGUCACAAAGAAGCAGGACGUGCUUUGGAAUCGGCCAAUCGGAGUGUGAGAACGCUGAGGACAAACUGCAGACACAGCCCUGUGAAGGCAGCUGCUGUAACGCUAAGGGGUGGGACUUGUGGCUCAGCUGGUCAGCCUGCUCGGUGACCUGUGGAGGAGGCGGAGUCCGGAAGAGAGAGAGGAUCUGCUCCAGUCCUCCUGAGUGCCGCUCAGCCUGUAGCGGUCCUUCAGAGGAGACAGAGGAGUGUCCAACACACACCACCUGUCCAGUUCAUGGUGGGUGGUCCAGUUGGUCCGAGUGGUCUCAUUGUUCCGGGUCGUGUAUCAGUGACAAUCAAGGUCAUGCCGUCAUCCCCUCCAGAGUGCGACAUCGUUCCUGUUCUGACCCCGCCCCUUCCAAUCACACAGUGCCACCUGGCAACAAUUGUCCGGGAGAUGACUUCCAGGUAGAGGACUGCAGUGAUCUCCCAAAUUGUCCAGUGGAUGGUAACUGGGGGGCGUGGUCUCCACCUGGUCCGUGCUCUGUCUCCUGUGGGGAGGGUCUGCAACUGUCAAUGAGGACGUGUAAUCAACCCGCCCCUAAAUAUGGUGGUCGUUUCUGUGAUGGACCGAGCACUCAGACAAGCGUCUGUCAGAGUGCCUGUCCUGUGGACGGGCUCUGGUCCGGAUGGUCCAGUUGGGGUGAGUGUUCCUCUUCCUGUGUCCCACAAGGCCGAGCUUCAGUCAGGAUUCGCCACCGGUCCUGUUCUAACCCCGCCCCUUCAGCCAGCCCGCCUGGCAGAGGAUGUCAGGGUGACGACAGGCAAGCAGAGGACUGCAAUCACCUGCCUCAGUGCAAAGUGGACGGAGGUUGGGGGUCUUGGUCUGCCUUCUCUUCCUGUCCUGUUACCUGUGGGGUGGGAUUGCAGUUGUCAAUCAGGAAGUGUGACAGCCCCACCCCCCAACAUGGUGGCCAGCCCUGUACUGGAGAGGGACGUCGAACCAGCCUCUGUAGGACCAACACCCACUGUCCAGUGGAUGGCAUGUGGUCUGAGUGGUCUGAGUGGAGCCAGUGUAAGUUCCCGUUCGGGGCACGAGACAUCCGCUGUAAGCAACACGGCGGCAGUCAGACCCGAGACCGUCAGUGUCUUCACAAAGCUCACAACGGGUCCAUCUGCAGCGGAGACGCUCUGACCGAGAGACGGGUCUGCUACGACGUCAACAGCUGUUACGUGAAGGGCAGCUGGGACGGCUGGGAGCCCUGGACUUUGUGCAGGCCUCCCUGUGGAACAAAGUCUCAGCGCGCCAGGAAGAGAUACUGCAAACCUGAUUACAGCAACUACAGUCCCACCAUUGGACGUCUGAAGGAACCCGCCACGUUCGCCGGGACUCCGCGUGCCGACUGUGGCGCAGCGCCCGACGGCGGGAAGAAGGUUGAAGUUCAGCCGUGCGUCAACAUUCCCGCCUGCUCCUAACAAGACGCUCAGCAAUGAGUUUAGCAACAGUUAGACUGAAGGGUUUCAGUUUCUUAGUUAGCAAAGAAGAAAAGUGAAAGACUUUCUGACUUUCAGUUUCUGCUCUGCGGACAGGAGACACAACCACAGCCGACUUCAUAAGAGAACCACUGGCUGCUUUCUUAACGUGUUGGAUCUUAGAAACUUGUUUUUUCAUGUCAAAUUUUAAUGUGAAUAGAAACCAAAGCUGUCAGAAAAAUGUAGUGAAGUAAAACAUACAGUAUUUCUCUCUGGGACGUAGUGACAAAGAAACACUCAUCUUGAGUACAAGUACAAGUACCUCAAGUACUUGUGUAAAUGUACUUGUGUACUUUCACCUCAGAUGAAAUGUGUUGUUAUACUGAGGGGAGUUUAAACUUUUGUCCAGUGUGAACUGACAGUCAACAGGUGAUUCAUCGUUGAAUUAAACAACAUCACUGACUGGUUACAGUUUGCUGUUAACAAGCACGCUCAGUUGGUGGUUACCAUAGAAACACACCCAAACAGCAGUUUGUUUGACCCUCUGAUGGACUCUGAAAUAAAAGCUUCUGUUCCCGAGUGUUAAA